ACAUUACGCUGACUUGACCGAGCUCGUCCCCGCAGUUGCUCCCCGGUCUCCGUGUGGAUUUACAUACCCUGAUUUCCGUGGGACUGGGAAGAGAAAGGGGAGGGCGGUGAACCUUUCAGGAACUGAGGAAGCAGCCGCAAACAGCGUAACUUAACAAAUUAACAAGUUGUACGCCCGCCGUCGCUUCUGUGGCGCCUCCUGACCUCUGUCGGAAUAACGGCUGCUUCUCUGCGCUUCUUCUGACUCUCCUCGGUUCUCUCGCUGGAUUAUUUUACUAGACUGGAGGGGUGCUGGGAGGUUUUUCGGAGAAGACGGGAAGCAGCUUGAAUUUAACCCGGUUGGAAGGGCUGUGGCCAUGGCCGGGGGGGGUGGUGGUGGUGGCAGUGGGGCUUCUCCGUUGGGGCCCGCACCGCCGAUGUGGUAUCAUCGGGACCUGAGUCGAGCGGCGGCCGAGGAGCUGCUUGCCCGAGCCGGGAUAGACGGGAGCUUCCUGGUGCGGGAUAGUGAGAGUGUCAACGGGGCUUACGCUUUGUGUGUACUGUUUCAGAAGCACGUUCACACAUACAGAAUCCUACCAGACGAUGAAGGUUUUCUGGCAGUGCAGACCUCUCAGGGCGUGCAGCCUAAGCGGUUUAAGACUCUGCCAGAGCUGGUGUCAUUGUACCUGCAGCCCAGCCAGGGUCUGGUCACCACCCUGCUUUACCCCGUGGAGAGAGAGGAGACAGCUGUCAGUGACGACAGAGACUAUUCCGAUGGAGAGGAUGAGAAGCCUCCCCUCCCCCCUCGCUCUGCGUCCACCUCCACGCCCCCUGGACCAGACACACCCACAGACAGCACUCCAGCAGCUAAUGGCCUGAGUACCAUCUCUCAUGAGUACCUGAAAGGCAGCUAUGCUUUGGACCUCGAGGCAGUCAAACAGGGAGCCUCUUCACUGCCUCAUCUUAACAAGACACUAGUGGCCUCCUGCAAACGCCUUAAUGGGGAGGUGGAUAAGGUUCUGUCAGGUCUGGAGAUCCUGUCUAAAGUGUUUGAUCAGCAAAGUGCUUUCAUGGUAUCCAAAAUGAUCCAACAGGUACAGUCAGUGAAUCAGGCUGGAGACCAGGAGCUGGAGAACCUUGUGACCAAGUUGGCAGUUCUCAAAGACCUGCUGUCCUCCAUAGAGAAGAAGGCUCUGAAAGCACUACAGGACAUGAGUUUGCCCUCUUCAUGCUCCCCUCCUCCACACUUCAUGCGUCACAGCAAAGCCAUUCCUGUGCAGGCCUUUGAGGUGAAGCUUGAUGUUUACCUGGCUGAGCUGACAAAGAUCGGAAAGAGCCAGAAGUACACUCUGUCUGUGGACGUAGAGGGAGGAAGGCUGGUAGUGAUGAAGAAGAUGAAGGACAAUCAGGAAGACUGGAUCACCUACACACAUGACAAAAUACGUCAGCUGAUCAAGUCUCAGCGGGUGCAGAAUAAACUGGGCAUUGUGUUUGAGAAGGAGAAGGACAAGAGCCAGAGGAAAGACUUCAUCUUCGCUAGUGCCAAGAAGCGGGAGGCUUUCUGCCAGCUGCUGCAGCUGAUGAAGAACAAACAUUCCAAUCAGGAUGAGCCAGACAUGAUUUCCAUCUUCAUAGGCACCUGGAAUAUGGGUUCUGUGCCUACACCUAAAAACGUGGCCUCGUGGGUCUUGUGUCGUGGUCUCGGAAAGACGCUGGACGAGAUGACCGUCACCAUCCCUCAUGACCUGUAUGUGUUUGGAUCCCAGGAAAAUUCAGUGUGCGAACGGGAGUGGGUGGAGUCACUGCGCGCUCUGCUGAAAGAACAGACAGAACUGGAUUAUAAGCCGAUUGCCGUGCAGACUCUGUGGAACAUUAAACUUGCUGUGUUGGUCAAAGCUGAACAUGAGAAUCGGAUCAGCCAUGUUGGGAUGUCCAGCGUCAAGACGGGCAUCGCCAAUACGCUGGGUAACAAAGGAGCAGUGGGUGUGUCUUUCAUGUUCAACGGGACAUCGUUCGGCUUUGUCAACUGUCACUUGACAUCAGGGAAUGAGAAGAUUGCCAGGAGGAACCAGAACUACCUUGAUAUCCUGCGGCUGCUUUCACUAGGAGACAAACAGCUGAGCUCCUUUGACAUUUCGCUGCGUUUCACACACCUCUUUUGGCUGGGUGACCUCAAUUACAGGCUGGAUAUGGACAUACAGGAGAUUUUAAACUACAUUAAUAGGAAGGAGUUUGAUCCCCUGCUGAAAGUGGACCAGCUCAACCUGGAGAGGGAGAAGAAUAAAGUCUUUCUACGCUUUGCGGAGGAAGAGAUCUCGUUCCCGCCCACCUACCGUUACGAACGAGGCUCAAGGGACACGUAUGUCUGGCAGAAGCAGAAAGCCACAGGGAUGAGGACUAAUGUUCCAUCCUGGUGUGAUAGGAUCCUGUGGAAGUCUUACCCAGAAACACACAUAGUCUGCAACUCCUAUGGCUGUACAGAUGAUAUAGUGACCAGUGAUCAUUCCCCUGUAUUUGCUACGUUCGAGGUGGGGGUGACCUCCCAGUUUGUCUCCAAAAAAGGUUUGCCAAAGUCUUCAGAGCAGGCCUACAUUGAGUUUGAGAGCAUCGAGGCCAUAGUAAAGACGGCGAGCAGGACCAAGUUCUUCAUUGAAUUUUACUCCACUUGUCUGGAAGAGUUUAAGAAGAGUUACGAGAACGACAGUCAGAGCAGCGAUAACGUCAACUUUCUGCGUGUGGGCUGGUCCAACAAGCAGUUAACGACACUCAAACCUCUUCUAUCAGAGAUCGAGUACCUGCAGGAUCAACAUCUCUUGUUAACAGUGAAGUCACUGGAUGGAUAUGAGUCCUACGGAGAGUGUGUGUUGGCUCUGAAGUCAAUGAUUGGCAGCACAGCACAGCAAUUCCACACCUACCUGUCUCACCGUGGGGAGGAAACAGGAAAUAUCCGAGGGUCCAUGAGAGUCAGAGUGCCCUCUGAAAGGAUGGGAACCAGGGAGAGACUGUACGAGUGGAUCAGCGUGGAUAAGGACGAGACAAGUGGGCCUAAAGGGAAAUCUACUAUGGUGUCCAGAUCGGGACAUGAGUAUGUAAAACCAUCUGUGGUUCGUAAACCGCAUGGAGAGCUGGGAAAGGUUAGUGAAGAGGGAGAAAGGAACAGCAAGGAGGAAAAUGCUGCAAGAUCUAAACAGGACACAUCUGACAGCGAUCCAUCUAUCAGCAAGAACAGCUACAAUAAUCCUGCCUACUACAUCCUGGAGGGCGUUCCCAACCAGUCAGCUGCAGCCAUUUCACCUGAGCUUCUCCCAUCUCCUACCUCAGCCAACCCCCAGGCAGCUAAACCCCCUCCUCCCUCAGCCGGGCCACGAUCCAAACCCCCCAGCAUGGCCUCUGGGCCCCCUCACCCACGCAGACCAGUUACAGGACACUCAGUUCGUGUCAUUAGCGAGGAGGGCUCCUCAGAAGAUGAUGGAAGUGCUUGUAUGGUGGGAGCACAGGGAGGAGGUGUUGGAAGCACACUGAAUCGACCUCCUCCUGACUUCCCCCCACCUCCUCUACCAAAGGGAGCACUGGAGAUGGUUCCAGAGGCCCCCUUCCCCAAACCUCGCCCCCUUUACCCAGACCUAGCUGAGGUCAGGAUCCCAGCAGCUGGCUCCGGUCCCCCACUUGCCCUUGGAGAAGGUUUCAGACGAGGAGGAGUUGGAGCAGGCGCGUUGGAUGACCAGUCGUGCUCCGUGCUCCAUUUGGCAAAGACACUGAGUGAAAAUGAGUUUCUUGGACAGCCUCCUCGCGCCCCCUCGGCGCCGCCUCCUCUUAGAGGGCAGCCAAUGGGUUUAGGUCUGGAUGCCUGCCGCACCUUCCCACCUAGAAAUCCCAUCACAGAAAGUAUAGCUGAGGACAUGCCUGAGGAGGCACUUUGGGGCAGCAGUAGUUCAUCUCUGUCUGUGGGGGAAUCAUCAGUGGGCGAGUGGCUGCAGAGACUGGGACUGGAGAGGUAUGAGCAGGGUCUUCUACACAACGGCUGGGACGAUUUGGAGUUCCUCAGUGACAUCACCGAGGAGGACCUGGAGGAGGCGGGAGUUCACGACCCCACCCACAAGCGAAUCCUGCUUGAGAGCCUCAGGCAGCAGCAGCAGCAAAAGUAGACUAUCAAGCUGGUCCAUUGACCAGUCCAAACCAGCCUGGUACCACACCAGGCCGGCUCUCAGCUGAACUGAACUGAGCUGGAACGUGCCAAUCGAUGCCAGACUGUGCCUUCUGAGAGAAAUUGCACUCCAUUUGUACCUUCAAAAACACUUUCUGAACGUCCUUUGAUUUUUCACAUGUACUGUAUGCGUGAUGUCGUUGUCAUACAUGUGGCCUUAUUUAAUGAUAAUCAUUUCAGUCCUUAAAGCAUCACUACAUACUUUCGGCUUUAAAUCCAGUGAGAAGAUCAGACAGACCUGGUGAUGUGACUCAUGUAGAGCAGCUGAUGUCUUGUGUGUCGUACCGUCACCUGCAGCUUCAAGAGGGCAUUUAAAGCUCGUUUUCAUUCAUUCUGAGAAUCCCUAACUGAGGAGUUACACAGCUUAAUGCUUCUCAGUGACUUUCAAAGAGAGAAGAGGCCUUUGUUUUGCGUCUCUCACUUCAAACUCUUAACGACACUGGGUUCUUCUGAGUCUCAGGUUUUUCUUCGUCCCACUCUUAGUCGAAACAAGACAUCAGUGGGGAAUCAUUAGAGAGCAGUUGAGAGUAAUGUCGACCCACAGCUCGAGCAGAAGAACCUUUUAAAUUCUGUGAUGGAGGAGAGCAGGAUGUGGUGAAGGAAGGAAACUAGAAAGCCAGGCUAAAGUGGGCUAAACUCACAUUUUUUCAUUUUGUGUAUUUACGUAAUGAUGUGCAGGCCUCUGUUUGUUAAAAUGGCAGCCUGUGUUGUCCGAGUGUCUGUCAGUGUGUAUGUUUUUAAUGAAAAAGGGAAUAUUGAGUGAACCAAAUUAACCCCCUUAGAGGUAGAGGUGUAUAUUUCACCUUGGUGCAGCAUGUUGGGUGACUGCGUUGGCAGUCAGCUUGUGACGAUGGACGCACCAUCUUUGUGUGUGACACUGACUCUUCAGCUUUUAAUCUGACCCUGGCAUGUUGCAACAGGUCGUUAUGAUUCAUUUUCUUUCAGAAACUUAUAAGUUAAGUAAAUGUAGCAUGAUUUUAUUGCCACAGUCAGUAUUAAUCUUUAUUGGUCAAUAAAAUUAAGAGGCUGAAUGAGGUGAUAAAUGCUGUACCAUGGUGAAAUAUAACUUUCAGAAAUAUAUAUAUAUAUAUAUAUAUUUCUCAUGCUCACGUGUUGUCUGUGAUGAUGCUGAAUUUUAAUUUACAGAAAAAAAUGUUUUUUUAAACGUGUCACCAAUUUUUACUCAUUUCAUUUUUAAAAUCUAAAUGAAGCAGUUUUCAGGGAAUUGCUUAACGUAGCCAAAUACAUGAACUAAUUUGUCACCAAAACAAUUUUUUUUUUCUCCUUCUGUUUCAUCGAUGACGUUUAGUUUUACAUUGCCUAGCUUUAGGAUCAUGACAUAUUUUCUACAUAAGGGAGACCAUGUCAGCUCUGUAACACAUGACAAACAGAAAACUCAGGUUUCUGCAGGUCAGGUGUGACGUGAGGGCGCCUGUUCCCAGAUGUGAGCAGUAGAUGGCGCUGCUGCUCCACAAACCUGACUUUGGAAACUUGGGAACACAGGACAGAAAGCGUGCCAGUAAAUGCGGUUAUACUUCUUAGUCAAAUCCUUGUUUCCAUUUAGUUUUUAAGCAGGUAAAAGUCAAUUUUCUUUGCUCCUAAUUUAAAUCCUUUGAAUACAAAAAAAAAAAAGACUUACUGUUCCUUAAAGAGAUGGGAAUUCACCUCCACAUGCUUGACACCUUCUUUUAAGGUGGAUCACACUACAACGGUUUCGUGUUUUCUCAUGUCAGCGCUUUUACAAUGACAAAUCCUACAUAGUAAAACAUUCAGCUCUAAGUCUCUGAAUGAAACCUUCAUUCAUACCUGCAGAAGAGCCCCCUCUUGACCCAAAUACACUGAAUUAUUUUACUCACGUGCAACCUUUGACUCUUACUCACCAGUUGUGUUUUACAGUGCGUCUAAUCCUUUAACAGCCGAGCCGUCACAGCGCGGAGACUCUGGAUCAGCCUACAGACGUGUUAAAUCUAAAAAAGUGGUUUGAAGCCUUUUGGUCCUUUUCAGUGUUCUCAGUGGUGUGUGUGAGUGUUUGUUUGUUUGUUUGUGUGAGUGUGUGUGUGUGGGGACUUGUUUAGUUUGACACUCCAUUUUGUUUCCUCAUGUAGUCUACUUUGGUUGUGUUAACUUAAUGUAAGUUGUUCACCCUUGUAUUUUUAUUCAAUUAAAAUCUAAUAUCAUUACUUAUUUUAAAGAGUCACUAUUCUUAUUUUGUCUGCAGGGAAAGCUGAAGUUAUAGACCUGCUUCAGAAGGGCAAAGACUGAAUAGUUAAAUUAACUACAACCCCAACUGCAAAAACAAACAAAAAAAAAAACUGUUGGGAGGCUUUGUGAAAUGUAAACAAAAACAGAAUGCAAAUUAUUGCAAAUCUCAUAAACCCAUAUUUUAUUCACAUAGAACACAGAAAACAUAAGAAAUGUUCAAACUAAGAAAAUGUACAACUUUAGGAAAAGUAACAUCAUUUUGACUUAUAUGGCACCAACAUGUUUACCACUGUGUGGCAUCCCCUCUUCUUUUAACAACAGUCUGUAAAUGUUGCCGGGCUUUUGGGAGAGAAUUGUAGAGGAUCCUAGCUGCUCAGCAGUCCUGGCUCUUCCUGGGUCUUGUUCUAUUUUUCAUUUCAAGAUGCCCCAAAUGUUUUCAGGUGGUGAAAGGUCUGGACUGCAGGCAGGCCAGUUCAGCACCUGGACUCUUGAAGCAGGAAGCGGUUUAGUAUUGUCUUGCUGAAAUAUGCAAGGCCUUCUCUGAAACUGAUGGUGUCUGGAUGGGAGCAUUUGUCGCUUUAAAGCCUGUGUAUAUCCUUCAGCACCGAUGGUGCCUUUCCAGAUGUGCAAGCUGCCAAUUCCAUGUGCACUAAUGCACCCCCAUACUAUCAGAGAUGCGGGCUUUUGAACUGAGCGCUGAUAACAAGCCAAAUGGUCCCUCUUCUCUGUAGUCUGAGAGGAUACAGUAUCCAUGAUUUCCAAAAUAUAGUCUCGAUUUUUUUUUAUUUGUGCAGUUUUGCAUGUUUUCUCAGUACAUCUUAAAUGAGCUUUGGUCCAGAGGAGACAGUAUUUCUGGAUCAUGUUCAGUUCUGGCUUCUCUGCAUGAUUGACCUUUAACCUGCAUUUGUGGAUGGCACGGUGAACUGUGUUCACAGACAGAGAUUUCUGGAAGGGUUUCUGAGCCCAUGCAGUGAUUUCCUAUUUUUAAUGCACUUCAGCCCGAGGCCCUGAAGAUCACGGGGGUCCAAUACUGAGCCUCAUCCUUGUUCCUUGUGCGCAGUGCUUUCUCCAGAUUCUCUGAAUCUUUUGAUGAUAUUAUGCAGUGUAGAUGAUGAGAAAUUCAAAAUCUUUGCAAUUUUACAUUGAGGAAGAUUAUUCUGAAAUUAUUGCACAGUUUGUAGAUGUAGUCUUUUGCAGAUUGGUGAAACUCUCCCUCUCUGAAAUGAUCUUUUUAUAUCCAAUCAUCUCACUGCCAAUUAACACAAUUAAUUGCAAAAUGUUCCUCCAGCUGUUUCUUUUAGUAUCACUUUUCCAGCUUCUUUUCAUGCCUGUGGCAAAUUUUUGAGAGUCCACCAAAAAUAAAUUGUUGCCGCCAUCAAAUUGAAAAUGGGCUG